UCUCCCCCCACCUCCCCCUCCCUCCAGCUGCCGCCAUUGUCUCAGGAAUGCGCCAGCAAUAGGAGACGCUGCCCCCUUUAGCAAAAUAUCGAGCGGCCCAGAGCUUUCCGUCCGCCGACAGAUAAAUAUUUGAGCCCGGAGGGAGGAGGCUGAGCCCGCGACUUCCCCUUUAAGAAGCCGAAGCCGCACAUCAAUGCGGGCGGACGAAACCAUCGGGGCGCAGAGGGAGGGGGGUUUCGCAUUCGUCGUUUAUUUAAACCGAGUGGUAAUUGACUCUCCGCGGGGGGGUAGUGGUCGGUGCGGGGCCGAGGCGGACUACACGGGGCGGCGGGGGUCACAUGUAACUCCGUCCGGGGCUCCGUUUUAUUUAGGGCCACACAUCCCUCCUCGGCAGCCCCUUCCCCCCGUACAUUGUGUAAUAGGCAGCCAUUUUGCGCUGAAGCGGCCGUUAGCUCGCCCCCCUCCCUUGUUUAUCUUUAGUUCAGUCCAUUUCUGCAGAAAAGAGAAAAAAAAAGAUACAAUGUUGCUAAACAUUGAUACAUUCGGUUACAGCAGAUCGUGCGCUCCCCGCGCCGCGGUUUACGACCUGCUGCAAAGCUAAGAGCCCGGAUUGUUUUUCUUUUGUGUGUUUUUUGGGGGGGCUGGGUAGGGGUGAAAGGUCACGGGUUGGUCUGCCAUAUUUUGGGUAGUAAAUAAUGCAGAAAUAAGGGGGAGGAGGGAGCAGAGCCAUUUUGCAGGGAGGGGUGGAGGAGCCGGGAGGGAGGGGGCCAUGAUGUCACCGCAGCCCUGAUCAUUCUUUAUUCUAUGCCUUCUCCAUUUUAUUAGGGUUUUUUUUUUUUUUUUUUUUCUGUCUUUUAAAUCAAGAGAAAAAAAAAAAAUCCGAAUCAGCCUUUAGGGGGCAGUGCUGAGCCAAAAGAGCCAGAGAGAGAGAAAGCAGCCAGGGAGGGGGAGCCCUGAGCAGGGAGAGGGGGGAGCAGGACACCCAAAUAUCCUCCAAAAAUACACACAAUACUUUAUUAUUUUUCUGCAAAAUGGAUGCAAACUGGACCAGCUUUAUAUUCCAGACCCCUCCGCCACCCCCUACAGAGCCCUUACAAGUAGAACUUUUACCUGUGCUGGCAACUGUGACCGCGCCGCCAGAUGGAUCCCUCUCCUCACAAACCAUGGUGCACACUAUGGCGCCCCAACAUCCUUCCACAGUUGACACGGCCGCCCUCAAGCAAGUGGUGCCAGGUCUGUCCGUUCCACAGCAGAUGGCGCCGGCCCCAGUUACGUCUCAGCCUUCCCAGGUCUCCACUUCUCUCCCUUUGCACCCAGUCAUGGAACUGGCUAAGAAAUCGAAGAGCCGAGGCCCCUACAUUUGCUCCUUGUGCUCCAAAGAGUUUAAGAACGGCUACAACCUACGGAGACACGAAGCCAUCCACACGGGUACCAAACCGGCCCGAGCGCAGCCUGUGGUCAAGAUGCCCACCAUGGUUCCUCUCAGUUUGCUCAAUGUUACCGGGACCCUUGCGACUGGUACAGAAACCCUGGAGGUUCCCACUUCUCCUUCCACGCUGCCUCUACCGGGGCCGUCGCCUACAGCUAAGAAGGUGCGGAAAAACCACGCCUGCGAGAUGUGCGGAAAAGCAUUUAGGGAUGUUUACCACCUGAAUCGUCACAAGUUGUCGCACUCCGACGAGAAGCCCUACUCCUGCCACGUGUGUCAACAACGCUUCAAGCGCAAGGACCGAAUGACGUACCAUGUCCGCUCCCAUGACGGGACUGUGCACAAGCCCUACAUCUGUAGCCACUGUGGGAAAGGGUUCUCCCGUCCGGAUCAUCUGAACAGUCACGUCAGACAAGUUCACUCUACAGAGCGUCCCUUUAAAUGCCAGACUUGUGAAUCCGCUUUUGCUACGAAAGACCGACUGAGGGCCCAUAUGGUGCGGCACGAGGAAAAGGUUCCUUGUCACGUCUGUGGGAAGCUUCUCAGUGCUGCCUACAUCACCGACCACAUGAAGGUCCACAGCCAGGGUCCCAACCAUGUGUGCGAGCUGUGUAGCAAAGGGACCUGCCAAGUCUGCCCUCUUGCGGAUCCGACAGGCGCAGUAACCGCUGUUCUUCCGAACGCUAGUGUUCAAGGCAUGAUGUCCACACAGCCCUGGUGACUGGCUCUCCUGGAGGGGGGUUCAGACUACGAUACUUCCCUCUUCUGAUGUGUUUGUGUACAGUGUUUGGGGGUCUCUACCUCCCCCCGGCUCAGACACACAUGUUUUAAAGAGUGGUUGCAUGUAGCCCUCCUCCCACCUUCUGAACUCCAGGCUCUAAAAACCAAGAGGCUAUGAAGAAGGUGACCAGGGAUCUGAAAAAAAAAAAAAAACAGACAUCUGUAUUGACAACUUUUGAGCACCCUGUUGCCCCCCCAGUUCACUGCUAGCCAUUGUCCAAGCUGGCACUGGCUAGAAGCCUGAUUUGUACACUACACACCCCUGUGCCCUCACAAGAGAAGUGUAAUGUGUGAAGGACUUCAGUGUCCAUUGUGACUUUCCAUCCCCACCCGUGAGCGGAGCACCUGGCAUGAAGUUCACGUAACAAGCAUCUUGCACAGGAAACCACUGACCAAGCGAGCACCAAUCGGUGACAGGCCAGGGAUCGCAAGGACAGUGAGACAGGACUAUGCUCUGCAGGGGAUGUCAGAAAGAUGCAAUGAUCUGUGGGUGGCACGGACUGGCAGGCUGCUCUUUUGUUAAUGAUUAGUUUUUCUUAACACUAGAUGACGUGUGAACAGUAAAUUAUUUUUCCAGUUAAGAAAAGAGAAAAAAAGAACGUCGCAGAGGCACUAACCUAGUAAUGUGAGAAGUUCUGGAGCAGAGACAGGCAUGGGGGAGGGGGAGACAGGUGGAUGGACGUGGUGGUACAGCAGACGUAGGACCCCAGAGAAAGGGGUGAGCACGAUGGCGCUAGUCAGGAGCGGGUCUUCCCACUGCAGAGGGCAGUAUAUGCAGAGGUGGUCAGUUCCAGGACGUUGGGUUAUACCAAGAGCAGCAGGAGGGAAUGGUAAAUGUCUUCUGUUAUUGGGUUACGUCUUACCAAGUAUCACAGCUGUUGGUUGACUUUUAUAUCCCAACACCCCAAACCUUCCCAUGUCUCCGGUGCAUUGCCCUUCCCACAUGUAGCCAAGAUCAGACCCCGUGGUGUUCGGAUUGGGAAGGUUCCACUUCGGCUUUAGCCUUAUUGUCUUGAAGGACCUGACAACCAUUUGGUCACAAUUGUUCUUGUAGAGAGAUCUACUGAACUUUUGGGUCUGUUCUCCAAAUAUCUGGUGAUCCAUGACCCCAGUCUAGCAUUUCAACUCUCUGAACACCGGAGGCAGCAGAGGUAAUAACCCUUACUGUAGGCGUCACACAAGAUCGUACAUGGCCAAGGUCUGGCUGUAGGACCUGUCCUUAUCUUAUAGAGCUUGACCUGAGAGGUUUCUGUAUAGCGCUGCUGUGACCUUGGGGAACCGCCAUUAUCCUGUCCAUUGUCUAAAAACUUCCACCCAUAGCGUUCUCUGUAUUCCACGAUAUUGUUGAUCUGAAUGAUAUGGUGAGAGCUCCAGGAACAUACGGCUAUGCUUGGCUAGAGAAAGGAGGCCGGUGAUACCAUCGGACGCUACCGAACCUCCCGUAAAUUUUUAUUUAGUUUUUUAGAUAUAUAUAUACAUAUAGAAGCAUGUCCAAAUUCUCCAAAACUAAAAUAUUGCGGCCUAUUAGUUACCCCGCUGCCAGAUAAGUCUCCCGACCUGUUUUAAGUCUCUGGCAAAUGAAUAGAUGAUUGGGGGGGGGGGGGGGAUUCUUCUUAUAAGUUAUAGGUUUUAACCCUUUUUUUUUUUAGUUAUUUUUUAUUUCGUAAAGCUAGGAUAUGAUAUAUAAUUACUAGGAUUAUUAUAAAUGGGCAGAAUUAGCUUUAGAAAAGGUAGACGUAUAUAUAUUUUUUACCCUUCUACUGAGGCUCCUCUCUCAUGGUGCUCCUGUUUACUGUGAAUUUUGUUGUUUUUUUAAAGGGGAAUUACAAAUUUAAACUUAUUUUUCUGACACAGCACAGGCGUUGGUGAACGGCGAUAGGGGGCGCUGGUCUGUGCCCACCGUGUGGUUGAGAGGGAACUUCGGUAAAGAAUUAAAUGGGACUUUGCCUUUUAAAAUUUCAUACCCUUCAUGGUAACAAUGUAUGUGCUCACAUUGCACCUGGGCUCCUCUUAUAUAUGACGCCAGGACAAGCAUUUACCAUAUACAUAGGAAUGGAGUGGCAUUUUCAAAACUG